GCUCAAAACAAAAAAAUGCAGAAGUAGCUAUAUAUUCUCCCUCCUUCCUUCAUGAACCAAUAUCAUCCAUUCUUUCUCUAUCUUCUCCAAUAAUUUCAAUAUAGAGCUUUCAGAGAGAGAGAGACAUAGAGACCAAUAUCAUCCAUUCUUUCUCUAUCUUCUCCAAUAAUUUCAAUAUAGAGCUUUCAAGAGAGAGAGAGAGAGAGAUGGAACCUUCAGAGAAGAAAGCCAUAGGGCAUGCUCUUCUCCUACCAUACCCAAGCCAAGGCCACAUCAACCCAAUGCUUCAAUUUGGCAAGCGCAUCGCCCAUGGCCGCCUCGCCACCGCCGCCAUCACCCGCUUCAUCGCAUCCACCACAACCCACAACGCUGGACCGGUCGCUCAUCGAAACAUAUCAGAUGGUUUCGACGAAGCCGGCUUCCCUUCCGCCGCCUCCAUCUCAGCCUACCUGACCAGCCUAGAAACAAUCGGUUCCCAGACCCUAGACGAUCUCCUCAGCUCGCUCGCCCAUAGAGGUCGGCCGGUAUCCUUACUGAUCUACGACUCCUUUUUCCCAUGGGCGGUCGACGUCGCAAAGCGCCACGGGGCGGCGGCGGCAUCAUUUUUUACACAGUCAGUGGCAGUAGAUGUUAUAUACUGCCAUGUGUGCGAGGGGAGGCUGAAGUUCCCGGCGGCAGCGGUGAAGCUGCCCGGGUUGCCGGAGAUGGAGGUGGAAGAUCUGCCGACCUAUUUGGCGGCGCCGGAGGUGGUGUACGUUGCUUAUCUAGAGAUGGUGUUGAAUCAGUAUAAGAACCUGGAGAAAGCUGAUAUAAUGGUCAUCAACUCUUUCUACGAGUUGGAAUCUGAGGAAAUGAAUUGGCUUACAUCGGUGCGACGAGCAAUAACAAUUGGGCCGACGGUACCCUCCACCUACUUAGACAACCGAAUUCCUGAUGACCAAAAAUACGCCAUCGACCUCUACCCCCCAGAAACCUCCGCCUGCAAAUCAUGGAUUUCUUCUCUCCCAUUAUCCUCAGCCAUCUUCGUCUCCGUCGGUAGCAUGGCUGUUCUCUCCGCCACCCAAAUGGUUGAGCUUGCCGUCGGUUUGGCUGCAACCGACCGCCCCUUUCUCUGGGUCGUCCGCGCCACCGAAGCAGACAAAUUGCCCGCCGGAUUUGCAGAGACCACCAAGAAAAAUGGCUCCUUGGUGGUCAGUUGGGCUCCGCAACUGGAGAUUCUGGCAACUGGUAAAUUUGGUUGCUUUGUAACGCACUGUGGUUGGAACUCGACAAUGGAGGCGUUGGCUUUGGGAGUGCCGAUGGUGGCUUUGCCGCAGUGGACAGAUCAGACUACUGAUGCGAAAUACAUUGAGGAGGUUUGGGGAACGGGGAUUCGAGCGAGAAAAGGGGAGGAGGGGAUUGUGAGAAGGGAGGAGGUGGAGAGGUGCGUGCGGGAGGUUAUGGAGGGGGAAAGAAGCGAGGGGAUUAGGAGGAGUGCGAGGGAGUGGAAGGAGGCUUCGAGGCGAGCUGUGGAUGCAGGAGGGAGCUCUGAUCGGAACAUUGCAGAGUUGUUGGACAAGUUUUGUUAAGUUGAUGGUGAAACAAAAUAGUUGGGGGAAGAAUGAUAUCCUACCAUAUAGAAAAAGUAAGAGCCAUUCUCAACAUUUCAAUAUUCAUUCCAAGGAUUAAUCCAUCAAAUUUAUCACCAAAUCUUCGUUUGGAAUAGCUUUCUUACUACUUCUUACAGUAAUUUUUUAGUAUAAAAUUUUUUUAAAAAUAGCAGAAAUAUAUAUAUAAUGGCACAAGCCGUCACAAACAAAGUAUAAAUUUUCACAUGGAGAACUCAGCUCUUGGUUCAUUGAACUUGUUGGCCACCCUUUUAUCUCUCUAUUUCUAUUUUUCACUCUCAUGUAAUAGUUUUAUAUAUUGUUGGAGAAUAAUAGAAGAAGUUGCUUAAUGGUUAUUUGAAUUGAUAA